AUGUCCGCCGCAACACCGUCAGCAUCCUCCCAAUCUCCCGUCGCUCCUUCUCCGACAAACCAAACACAAGAAUCAACGUCGAACUUACCAGUAGAAGAUCGCAUUCUUGUCCAAUAUCUACGUGACCGCGGCUUCGAUGCAGCUGCAAAGGUCGUCAUUGAAGAUUUUGAAGGCCCCACUGCAGACGAUGGCGCGAAGAAAGCAGAGCGCGUCUCGUCUGUGGACUUUGUCAGACUUUUGUCUGUCUUCGCCCAAAAACCGUCUAAGCCUGGCGAGAAUAUCUUGAAUGACCCUGCGAAUGUCUUGCAAGAACUCGGGACGAUGGGAAAUCCUAUCAACAUUCAGAAUCUCAUUGCAAGCAUCGGUGCUGUUGGAGCGGAGGAACUUUUAUCGGAGGACCCUACCGACAAGCAAGAAGGCUUUCGAGAGCUCGAGGCAUGGGUAGACGGAUCUCUUGACAUGUAUCGGCCUGAGUUUAGGCCAAUUCUAUUUCCUAUAUUCUGUUAUUUCUACCUCGAUCUCAUUCAACAUGGCUUCAAAGAUGCUGCAUCUCGAUUUUUCGAGGCAUUCUCAGAAUCGCUAUCACCCUCUCAUAGCAAAACGUUGCACCACCUCAAGACGCUCCUCCUUCCCAUUCAUGUGCAAAACGACGACCUCGCACAACGUUUCCGCAAUGAGAAAUAUACUAUUCGAAUGAGCCGCUCGGGUUUUGGGCUCCUGGUUGGGUGGUUAACAGAGGGAGUCGGAGGCGAGGGGCUCGGUGCAGGAGAUGGCUUCACUGGUGAAAAGGGCAAACGAGGACGAGGAACCGUUAUGCAAGUGGUUAACAACCAUUUACGAUUUGAAGUGACAUCCACCAACCCCACAUCCAUGUCAUCUCAUGCAUGGGAAGAAUCUACCGGCCUACUCUCCUCCCUCAUCCCACAAGCAAGCGGAAGCAAAACCACUUUGACGAAUCCACAUGCUUUCAACGCGAGCAAAGGCACACUCAGGCUUGGCCCAGCGCCGUUGGCCGAGGAUCUCAAGAUGGAGGCGGAGCGGGUCCUGAGGGAGCAGGCUGUGAUGGACCGAGAUCUCAAUGCACAGUAUGACGUGCCGAUUACUCGACCACUCGUUGCCCCAGGGCUCACAGCGCCUACAGAGGCGGAUCUGUUGCCCCGGCCGACCACAUUUAAAUAUCGGGAUGUUGAGAGAGAGGUUGAACUCGUCCGUGAUGCGAGGAAACGAAUACGUUUAGAGCCGUCUGUAUUGGGGAAUGUGGACGCGAAUUCACCUCAAGCGAAUGCACUGCGAGCGCGAGCACUUCCGAGCAUAUGUGCAUAUACUUUGCAUGAUGUCACCGAAGGAUCCCCAUGCUGUACUUUCUCCCAAGACACGACACUCAUGGCCGCCGGUUUCGCUGAAAGCUACAUCCGGCUAUGGAGUUUGAAAGGCGAGAAACUGAAGGGUUUCCGGAGUGACUUUUCUUCAAAUGCAAUCAAAGAUGCCUCUUCAUUGAACAAGAUACGCGAAAAGAAAGGCAGCACGACAAGAAAAUUGAUAGGACAUAGCGGGCCUGUCUACUCGGUGGCCUUCGACCCACUGAGUGGGUCAGCUGGCCCUCCAAAACAUUUGUUGUCCGCCUCUGCUGAUGCUACGGUGCGGCUGUGGUCGAUGGAUACUCUCACCAAUGUAGUGGCAUUCCGCGGACAUGAAAAUCCCAUCUGGGACGUCAAAUGGAACCCCAUAGGCGUGUAUUUCGCAACAGCCAGCAGAGAUCGAACUGCACGACUCUGGUCAACGGACCGGACAUCCUGUCUGCGGGUGUAUGCUGGGCACUUGAGUGAUGUCGAUUGUCUUCAAUUCCAUCCAAAUUCGUUAUACCUCGCAACGGGUUCGAGUGAUUGGACCGCACGACUAUGGGACGUCCAACGCGGGUCAUGCCUGAGAGUGUUCAUAGGACACCAGGGGGCUGUGUCAUCACUAGCGCUCAGUCCAGAUGGCCGAUAUCUGGCGACUGCAGGUGAAGACCUUGCCGUCAACUUAUGGGACCUAGGGUCUGGUAAACGAAUCAAGAAGAUGACGGGACAUACUUCCUCGAUAUACUCUCUGGCCUUCAGUGCUGAAUCCUCAUUGUUGGUAAGCGGCGGUGCAGACUGGACUGUCCGGUGUUGGGAUGUCAAAGGUGCGGGAGGUGCAAGGACAACGGCCCAGAAGAACGGGUCUGUGGUUAACGGAAGUCGCGGCUAUGGGGAAGAGGAGAGUUUGGAAACAGCUGAUCUUUUGGAGACUUUCCCGACAAAACGUACACCUAUUACGAACGUACAAUUUACGUCUCGCAAUCUCUGUCUAGUUGGAGGUGUCUACCUUUCACCAGAACACCGAUGA